AAAAAUUAUAAGCAACUUAAGUGCACGACCUUCCUUGAAAGGGAAUCUUAUCCUAUUUUCUGAUGACGCAAAACCUCAUGCAUGUAGGAUCACGAAGCUCUUAUAUAAGAUCUCGAAGUUCUUGAAUGCUUCCACCCAACUCUAAAACACACCGACACACACUUUUGGUUCUGACUAUUACCAUAUCAAUGGCGGUGCUUGGUUCUGAAGAACUCCUCUUGGCAUUUGUUCUUUUCGUCUUAAUCUACUAUUGGAGGCUCAACAGACACACUCCCAUCACGAAGUGGCCCGUGCUUGGCAUGCUUCCUGGACCCUUCCUCAAUGUGUCCAUCAUCUUUGAUUAUGUAACUACGGCUUUGAAAAACAAUGGAGGCAAUUUCAUGUUUGAAGGCCCUUGGCUAUCAAACAUGAACAUAUUCGUCACCAGCGACCCUUUCAAUGUGCAACACAUCACAAGCACAAAGUUUGAAAACUACGGCAAGGGAGAUGACUUCAGAGAGAUUUUUGAGGUUCUGGGAGAUGGGAUUUUCAGGUCCGAUUCCGAACUAUGGAAGUAUAACAGAAGUAUUCUUCAUUCAGCUUUUAAGAAGGUUAAUUUUCAAUUGUUUAUUCAACAAACAAUCAAGAACAAGAUUGAGAGUUGUCUGCUUCCAUUUCUUGAGCAUGCAUGGAAACAAGGAACGGAAGUGGACCUACAAGAAGCUUUUCAAAGAUUAACCUUUGACAUCAUUUCAUCCAUAGUUUUAGGAUUUGAUCCUACUUGCCUUUCCAUUGGUUUCCCAGAAGUUGCAACUGAGAAAGCCUUCAGUGAAAUAGAGGAUGCUCUUCUCUACCGACAUCUCAUGCCAAGAUUCUUAUGGAAGCUGCUAAACUGGUUUCAACUUGGGAAAGAGAAGACGGUGAAAGAAAAUAUUGAAAUUAUUGACCAAAUGUUGUAUAAGGAAAUUAAAUCUAGGAGCAGAGUGCAAGGUCAAAGCAGCGGCAACAGCACACUAGAAGACGAACCACGAUUUAGCUUGAUAGAUGUUCUUAUAAGUGAAGUAGGAGAGGGCAAAAUGGAUGACAAGUUUCUGAGAGACACAGCAAUAAAUAUGCUUGCAGCUGGGAGAGAUAGCAUUAGUGCAGGUCUCACUUGGUUUUUCUGGUUGGUGGCAACACACCCAUCUGUGGAAUCUAAGAUUCUUGAAGAGAUCCGAGAAAAAUUACCAGCAAGAGAAGGUAAUGGGAAGGACUUUGGUGUGAAAUGGCUUAGCAAGUUAACUUUCCUCCAUGCAGCAUUAAGUGAGACAUUAAGGCUCUACCCUCCGGUACCAUUAGAGCACAAGAGUGCCUUAAAAUCUGAUGUGCUUCCAAGUGGUCAUUGGAUUAAUUCAAAUACCAUGAUAGUAUAUUCCCUAUACAGCAUGGGAAGGGCAGAGGAAAUAUGGGGUGAAGAUUGCUUGAAAUUUAGACCUGAGAGGUGGAUCUCAAAGAGUGGAGGGAUUAUUCACAUGCCCUCUCACAAGUUCAUUGCAUUCAAUGCAGGACCAAGAAGUUGUUUGGGUAAAGAAAUCAGCUUCAUCGAGAUGAAGAUGAUAGCUGCCAAUAUACUGUGGAAUUAUCGCAUUCACUUGGUGGAAGGCCAAGCCAUAUCCCCAAGAGUCUCCGUUGUCCUUCUCAUGAAACAUGGCUUGAAGGUCACAGUGACAAAAAGAAACAUAUGAUAUCAAGCAAUUUCAAUUCCUAAUAAGUGAUUGUGUUCACCUUCUACGUGUAAGGUUUGUAGCAACGUUGAAAUGUAAUAAUUUGGAUUGUAUUCGCACCACAAUAGCCAAAUACCAUUUACUCUGAAA